GUUUAUACAACAGUAUCAUCAUCAUUUUUCGUUUUCUCAGCAUCACACAUCCAAUAAUUUUCUUGUACCGCUGCAUGCGUUCGUUCAAAGAUCAAAAAGUUGCGAUUUGUGCCCCUAUAUGGACAACAAGCUCAUUCACUACCUCCAGAACAAGAACUUCCGCAAGAAGAAGGAAAAGUCGCUUCCACCACAACCAAAGAGACAAACAACACGCUGGUCACAAAAGGAGACACAACUGUUCUACAAGGCAUUAGAACUCUGUGGCCUUGAUUUCACUUUGAUCAGCAAGCUCUUUGUGAAAAAGAGUAGGAAGCAGGUAAAGAAAAAGUACAUGAAAGAGGAAGGCUUAAACAGAAAAAAAAUUGAGGAGAUAGUCAAAAAUGCAAAUUUUGAUGAGGAGAGGUAUAAUGCCCUGAAGGAUGUGUGAUGCCUAUGCUUAGUAGCAAUGCAUGUUGUAAAUGGAGCUGUAAGACGUACUUUUUUCUUUCAGGUGCAUGGUUAUGAGAAAUUUGAUCAAAUACGAUGUGGUGAUUUGAACAUUUCCUUGCUUAACGCACUCCCCAUUCUGUGAAACGUUAUUUCUUGUUGUAUUGCACUGUUGUAAAACGCGGUACGUGUUUCUUCUGUGUAUAUUAUGGUACUUCCUCAGCUUU